CUUUGUGUGUCCUGGAGCUAGUUACAUAGCCAGUAGAAGAAAUUUAGGGCUUUAUAGUGUGAUCUGCUUUUAAAAGAGGAGAGAGAGAGACAGAGACACAGACACAGAGAGAGACACAGACAGACAGACACAGGGCAGUAGACCACCACUUAGGUUCAAGUUCAGGUUCCCUGCUCCCCCAAGAGCAGCUCUUGACAACUACCACUCUUUUUACAGGCAGACUCGGUUCUCCAGGGUCUCCCCUGUUUAGAGGAGCCUCUCUGCUCAGCCUCCUCCUUAGCGAUGGGUGCUCUCGGGGGGUCACGGCCCCUCCCUAAGGUCAGGGGUUGGAGAGCGGGUCCUGCUCCUUAGGCAGGGUCACAGUUUCACCCGGUCGUUGUCAUUCCACCCGACCCCUCGCGGCGCCUCUCCUUUGGAGCCAUGGUUCCUGUUCCGGGAUCCCUCGGGCACGGCCCGGACUGCGGGGACACAGCUUCGAAGAGUCGGGAGGCAUCAGGUGGCCCUCAGCUCUCGUCCCCCGCGUCCUUCUCGCGGUGGCUGGUCGCGAGCCCCGGGGCCGGUGGCUGGCCGCAGCGCCUGGCGGGGUGGGGCGGCUCGCCACUGCGCCUGGCGGGGUGGGACGGGAUGGCGGCGUCCGCGUGGCUGGAGGCCGGCCUGGCCCGGGUGCUCUUCUACCCGACGCUGCUCUACACAGUGUUCCGGGGGAGGGUGAGCGGCCCGGCGCACCGCGACUGGUACCACCGCAUCGACCACACGGUCCUGCUGGGCGCGCUGCCGCUGAAGAACAUGACGCGCCGGCUGGUCCUGAACGAGAACGUGCGCGGAGUGAUCACUAUGAACGAGGAGUACGAGACCAGAUUCCUGUGCAACACUUCGAAGGAAUGGAAGAAAGCGGGAGUUGAGCAGCUACGGCUCAGCACAGUCGACAUGACUGGGGUACCAACCUUGGCCAAUCUCCACAGAGGAGUCCAGUUUGCUCUCAAAUACCAGGCACUGGGCCAUUGUGUCUACGUGCAUUGUAAGGCUGGCCGAUCCAGAAGUGCCACAAUGGUGGCAGCCUAUCUGAUUCAGGUACACAACUGGAGCCCAGAGGAGGCUAUAGAAGCGAUCACCAAAAUCCGGUCACACAUCUCCAUCAGGCCCAGCCAGCUGGAAGUUCUCAAAGAGUUCCACAAGGAGAUUACUGCAAGGGCAGCAAAGAAUUAACUACUGAUUCUCUCUCAUGCUGAUUUAAGAGUCUGAAGUCUGUGGGUAACAAAGAACUUGGAUCUCCCUGACAUACAGUAACAAGUUUAUAGGACAAAGCAGCUUAAGCCAACCACACUGCAAAUGUGCUGACUGGUAGAUAAUGUGUCUCCUUUGCCUUCCUUCCUGAAAUAAUACUUGGAUGGCUACAGAGAACAAGAUUGUCUGGCUAAAUCUUAUUUUCUUUGACAGGGAUAAGGAAAUAUUAAUUUUAACAGAAAUCUGUUGUUUCUAUUAUGUGUAAUGGCACUGUAAAUCAAAGACAUUUAAUGCUAGAAAAGGAGAGAAGUAUCUAGAUCUGUUCUUUCUAUUGUCAGAAUCCAAAUUUUAAUUGUAUGACUUGGCAGAGUGCCUGCCCAGCAUGUAUAAGGCCCCAAAUUUGGUCCUUAGCAGGUCCAAAAAUAAAAAUAAAAAUA